GGUGCCAGGAGGGUGUGGUGGCACCAGUGUCGUCAAGAUGCGAGACUUAGCGUGUGUGAGAGCCAAGACUCUGCUGGCUAAGAAGGCGGUGAAGCGAGGGGAUAUUAUCCUCACAUCAAAACCUUUCUGCACUCUCCUUGACUCCUCCCUCACCGGCUGCUACUGUGAAUACUGUUUUGGUUCAGCCAGGAAGGACCGCAUACUGCGGCGCUGCAGGGACUGCGGACGAGCCUGGUAUUGCAGUGACCUGUGCAGGGAGCUGUCGCAGCCGCAGCACCAGCGGGAGUGUGCGGUCUUCCGUAGUCUACCGCACUUCACACCCAGCGACUAUGCUAGGUUCCUAGCAAGACUGAUCCACAAGCUCAGGAUGAUUGCUGUGGAACUGAGGUCACGUAAAAUCAUUGAGUUCUUGGGAAGCGGGCUUUGA